AGAUUUUCUUAGCAUGCCUCACUCCACAGCGGCCCUUAUAGCCGGGCUCCAGCAUAAGACGGCUACUAAUACGCCGCCUAUGGAGAUGCUCAGCUCUGUUUGGGAAUACCUUACGUGUUUGGUUUGGGUACCGACUCUCUCCCCUGCAUCAGUAUCGGCGAUCGAGGCCCAGAUUGGAGGGCUUCCGAUACAGGAGGGCUCGGCCACCGACCUGGUCGCUUGUGAUGGUCGGGUGGUCUAUUGCAAGUCCACAGAUGACGCCCGAAUCUUUGCCAUGGAGAGAGGCUGUGAUACCUUUCGAAGUCUGGAAAGUUCUGCACUGAAUGUGCAACUUGCCGGGAUCGAACCCGGGUCUGGUGUACUUCAUACGUUCCGAUGGAAUCAUGGGAAGAGGGUGAUGGAACUCCGUCGUGAAGGUUCCGCAGAUGAGGACCAGCAGCAAGUGAGUGUAUCGUGCUGGACUGCAGAGGGCUUGCUUAGGUCAAAACCAUUACUUGCCUUUAGUGACGGCAGUCUAUUCGUUGCCAACUCUGUGACUAAAGGGUCGGGUGUUUUAACUUCGAUUGAUAUCAGACCGCGUGCACGGGAAGAACACGAGGGUGAAUGGUUCAAGAUUUUCGCACCCGUACCCAGCGAGCUCAUACAAGCUAUAUCUGUGCAUGCGUGCAAGGAUACUACAAGACUUUUAUGCGCCAUGGAGGAUAGCAUCUGGGUCGCUGACAUUUCUCCUCCUGACCUUCGGCAUGGUACAGAGAUUACAUGGUCCCGCGUGGUUCAUCUACCUCAAAUCCACCGAGUCCAUCAAGUCAUUGGGCUCACUGAUCACGUCGCUAUCGGUCUUGUCUCAUACUUCGAAGAUGGCUCAUCAUCCACACUUGCUCUUAUCACCAUCGAUCUCAUCAAUGGCGACGUGAAAGAGGUGGUUAGCAUGAAAGAGGAGGAGUCUGCUAAGGUGUUCCUCACGAGAAAUUGUCUAUGGAUGGCCUCAGCGUCUGAGGAAGAGGGUCCUUUAGUAAAAGUCGUGGAUUUAGAAUGGGUUUAGGGCGAUUUGGGAUCACAAGAGAUAGUCUCUUCCAUUCAGUCUCUGAUAUGUUUUGUAAACUGUUCUCCUACUCUCAUUAUGUAAUUUUAGAGGCGACCUGGAUCCCAACUUGCCAGCAUUCAAUCAACUUAUCUCCCUUACACAUGGUAUUUGUCACCAUUAACAACUCUUUCACUAUAUUCGAUUCACAAG